AAACGCAUUUCAGAGCGCCCAAAGAGUUAACGACCAAAACUUAUAUUCCCCAGGCAGCAUCGAACCAAGAUCGUCACACUACUGUCCACCACAAGACAGCAGCUCCUAUAGAGGUGGCAAGGGUCCUAAGAUUCGUUGCGAUGGCUUUAGUCUUUAGAGUAGCAAUGCAAUUCGUUGGAAUUUUGCUCUCUCUGCUGGGAUGGGUUUUAUCCAUUAUUACAACUUUUUUGCCACAUUGGAAAAACCUCAACCUGGACUUAAAUGAAAUGGAAAACUGGACCGUGGGACUCUGGCAGACCUGCGUCACCCAAGAGGAAGUGGGGAUGCAAUGCAAGGACUUUGAUUCUUUCCUGGCUUUGCCCGCUGAGCUCAGGAUCUCCAGGAUUAUCCUGAUUUUAAUGUUCCUCUCAAACGGCCUGGGAUUCCUGGGCCUGCUGGUCUCGGGGUUUGGCCUGGACUGCUUGAGAAUUGGAGAGAGACAGCAGGAUGUCAAGAGGCAGCUGUUAAUCCUGGGAGGAAUUCUGUUCUGGACAGCAGGCGUCACAGCCCUUGUUCCUGUCUCUUGGGUCGCCCACAGGACAGUCCAGGAGUUCUGGGAUGAGACCGUCCCCGAGAUUGUCCCCAGGUGGGAGUUUGGGGAGGCCCUCUUUAUCGGCUGGUUUGCUGGAUGUUCUCUCCUGCUCGGAGGGUGUCUGCUAAACUGGGCCGCCUGCGGGACCCAGGUUCCCCUGGCUUCCGGCCACUAUGCAGUGGCAGAAAUGCAAACUCAGUGCUCAUACCUGGACAAUGGAACUGCCAAUCCUUCAGUGUAAGACUUUGAUGAGACCAGAGAGCUGUAUCUCCCUAUAUCAACUGUGAUGGAGGGUCUACAGGAUAAAGGGUUCUUUGUUAUGUAACUAUAUUUGUGAUGCUUACAUUUUCUCAUUAAAUACGUUAAAUAAUGACUUUUCUAUCCUAGAUACCCCAUCCCCCCCAAACCUGGAGAAGUAAGAAAGAGGCACAUCUUAUAUCUAAAAGAAAAUGAUUGUGGUUCCCCUGGCUUCCGGCCACUAUGCAGCGGCGGAAACGCCACCACACCGUCU